AUGUCUUAGUUGUGCUCCAGUCACACUCUGUCACCUCACCAUGUACAGGCACAAGAGAGCCUGGUAUCUCAGGGGCCCUCACAGGGCAUGGGGCCCCCGCUUUUGGUUUCAGUGUGAUGGAAAGAAGUCCCAUGAUCCUCGGGAAUAUGACCCUCUCACACAGGCAGACAGUGACGAAAGUGAAGAUGAUCUGGUGAUAAACAUCCAGCAGAAUGGAGGGGUUCAGAAUGGUAAGGGUUCCAGGGGGACAACUCAUGACCAGAACUUGGAUCCUCAGAGGGCCUCUAAAAGAGUCAUGCAGCGUCCUGUGGAAAGUAAGCAGGACUGCUUGAUCACUGCUGGAGAACAUGAAUUAGAAAUCAAAGCAACUUCAUCCCUGGUGUCCUAUGUGAGGACCACCAUCUUCCUACUUACUGUCAUCAUCUCCAUGAUCAUGGUUUUGGUAUGCGCUUUUCUCAUCCCGUGUCCACACAGAGAUCAGCACAACCUCUGGACUGUGAAAAUUGGCCAAGAGACAGGCGUCUCAUCUACUCUUGAACUUUUUGAUGUGAACAAGGACGGUGUACCUGACAUCUUGCUGUCAUUCUUAUCUAAUAAAGUCAAUGCAUCCCAGGAUGUCCCAAAGCACCAGAUGACAGUUGCAGCCCUCUCUGGUGUUAACAGCACAAUGCUGUGGAGUGUUCUUGUGCCAGAGGAUGUGAGGAGCAUACAGUGCGGCCGAGUAGUCUUGGGUGCCCAGCAGGAUGAGACGUGUCUCCUUACUGGGACUUCCAAACUUUUCCAGCUCAUCAGCGCCUCCUCAGGGAAGACUCUCUGGACUAUGAGUCCAAACCACGUCUCCAGUGGGACCCUGGCCGCACCAGCUGUGAUUCUGCCUAACCUGGACGAAGAUAACAUCAGUGACUUAUUGGUUCUCACUAUAGGGGAGAUCCAGCCAGAUUUGGGCUUUCUGUUAGUGUCGGGACGCACCGGGAACCCCCUAGGCCGGAUGGUGAAAUAUGGCAUUAUGGGAGAAGGCAAACUGCUGGGGCCACAGGCGCACUAUAUCAGCCAGGAGGAGAUUUACAUUCUUUUUGGGUUUGGGAAGGUCCAGGCAGUUUCGUUGAGGGAUAUUUAUGCACAAGCCACAAACACUGACAGUUUCCCUGGUGUCCUGCAGAAAAAGGAUUUGGAUGAUAAAAGGAACCCGUAUAAUUUGUCAAAGCUGGUGGAUGCCUACAGCUCGGGCGUUGAGUUCCUGCAGAACAUCCCAUCCGGAUAUAACAGCAGCGACCUGCUGAUCACAACUAGAAGCGGCUUAUCCCUGUUGCGCGGAAACGAUCUAGAACUUCAGUGGCGUCUGGGCCUGACUGGUGUACACAGGCCUCCAAAGCCAGGGCAUUUUAACUCUGAUGGGAAACUGGAUUUCCUCCUGCAGGUUCAGGGCAGUAAUCUAGGGAAAAAGAUUAUUAUUGUUGACGGCACCUCGGGGGACUCACUUUGGGAGUGGGAGAGCUCUUGGUAUCUGAAUGAAGCCGAAUCGUCAUCUGUCCCAACAGCUGAUGGCAAAUCUGUCUUCCUUUUCUGGGGACACCAGAGCCGUGCUUCUAAUAGCUCUGUGAGUAGCAGCUUGUCUAAUAGCUCCGAUAUGAGCGUAGACAGCAGAGAGCAGAGGAACCAGCAGCUGUACUUGCUCUGCCCUACAUAUCCCAACGUUCUCUUAGACCUGUACAAUGUCAGCACGUCCAUCGUCUCCUCCGCUGUUGGCAUUAAUGAACUUGAGAAGGACGCGUUCCUGGCAAUCCUCUCCGCAGACAAAGAACACAAUGUCUCAGACAAGCUGCCCCGGACGCUGAGGAUCAGCAAGCUGGGAAUGAGAUGGGCUGUGUCACAGAGUCAGCUGCAGCCAGUGGGAAAUGCAAAGAUGAGGGUGAAACUGGAGCAUGUGAAAAGGAUACUAAAUAGGCUGAGAUUUACCCGCUUCCCCUAGAAGUUAUAGGGACGGUCAGAUGAUUUACUGAUGACAGAUCCGUGAGAAGCAGCUGCCUAAGACGUGUUUUACUGAGAUCUCUGCGGCCUGCCUUGUAAAGGCCUUAAUGAACUAACCGUUCCACUACACUCUUCCUCUGGCAGGGAAGGGUUAACUACUGCCAUGGGUAGGGUGCCAGUUUAAGCGCUCUACUCUGUCUACAAGCACAGCUGGUACUGGUGUACGACUGAUACUCAUUGCACACAGCACACCUGGGAUUGAUUAGGCGCCUUGUGUGUCUCACUGUGUCAUUUCACACUCUAAUAGUUUCUGUGAAAGUUUAAUUGUAGUUUUUGAAGCAUUUAUCUCUAUAGUUAGACACACAAUGUCAUUUACUCCAGUUCCUCUUAUUAUGUUUGUGUGCCCUGUGUUGUCACCUGAUCAUAACCUGAGUGUGCCUGGCCUGUUCACUUAAUUGUGUGUGUGCCUGGCUUGUUCACUUAAUUGUGUGUGUGUGUGCCUGGUCUGCUUAACCUAUUGUGUGUGUGCCUGGCCUGUUCACUCAACUGCUUGUGCCUGGCCUGUUCACUUAAUUGUUUGUGUGUGCCUGGUCUGCUUAGUCUAUUGUGUGUGUGCCUGGCUUGUUCACUCAACUGCGUGUGCCUGGUCUGCUAAGUCUAUUGUGUGUUUGCCUGGCCCAAUCACUAUAUUGUGUGUGUAGCUGGGCAGCCUAAAUCUAUAGUGUGUGUGCCUGGUCUGCUUAAUUUACCUGGCCUGCUCCCGCUAUUGUAUGUGCCUAGCCUACUUACUUACUAAUGUGUGUGCCCUAUUUCCCUGAUCAGUAAUGUGACCCUGGCCACCUAGCUUAGUAGUAUGUGUGUGUCUGGCCUACUUGCUUACUAAUGUGGGUCCCCACUCUACCUGAUCUGUAAUGUGACCCUGGCCGGUUAUCUUAGUAAUGUCUGUGCCUAGCCUACCUGCUUACUAAUGUGUGUGCCCCAUCUGUCUGAUCUGUAAUGUUAUCCCAGCUAGCUUACUAAUGUGUGUGCCUGGCCUACUCGCUUUCUAAUAUGUGUGCCUGGCCUACUGGCUUACUAAAUGUGUGUGCCUGCCCUACUUGCUUACUAAUAUGUGUACCUGGCUUAUUUGUUUAGUACUGUGUGUGCCUUGCCUACAUGCUCACUAAUGUUUGUACCUAGCGUACUUGCUUACUAAUGUGUGUGUGUGUGUGCCCAGUCUACCUGAUCUUUAAUGUGACCCUGGCCUGCUAGCUUAGUAAUUUGUGUGUGCCUGGCCUGUAAGUUUACUAACAUGUGUGUUAUUGGCCAGCUAGCUUUAUAAUAUGUGUGCUUAGCCAACUAGCUUACUGAUGUGUGUGCCUGGCUAACUAGCUUAAUAAUGUGUACGCUCAGCCAUUUGUUUAAUAAUAUGUGUGCCUGGCUAGGUAGCUCAGGAAUGAGUGUGCGUGGACUGCAAGCUCACUAAUGUGUGUACCUAACCUGCUAGCUUACUCUAGUGCAGGGUACUUCAAACUUUUUUUCCCCAAGACCCAGUGCUAUGAUAUCACACACCUUCACAACCCUAUGUUUAUGCUUAGUCUGAACAUUUUUGAAGCAAUAUACAACAAGAUAGCUGCAAUUUUUGGCAAAGUGACUAAAAUAUGUGAGUACUUUAUUCCUGAUUGUAGUCAAACUUGAAAGUAUUGUAAAAGUUAAUAACACACACUCUCAUAAAACAAUCACACCACAGACCCUCAUAGACAACGCACACACACACAAACCACACACACUCUCUUACAACACACACUCUCAAACACACACACCACCACAACACUCUCAUACAACACACACACACCACACACUCUUAUAUAACACCCACAUCACACACACUUAAAUCGCGACCCAGUAAACAUGGUGUUGCGAUCCGUGGUUUGAAGAACCCUGCUCUAGUGUAUGACCAGCUAAUAUUUCACUAAAGUGUGCCCAAUCUGCCAGUUUACUAACAUGUUUUUCUAGCCUACUUGCUUACUGAUGUGUGUAUGUGGCUUACUAAUUUACUAAUAUGUGCCCAGUCUGACAGACAUAUGGCCAGCUUACUAUUGUGUGCUCUCUGCCUGCUUGCUCACUAAGGUGUGUUUGCCCAGCUUGCUCGCUCACUAAGGUGUGUGUACCCAGCCUGCUAGCUCACUAAGGUGUGUGUGCCUAGCCCGUUAGCUCACUAAGGUGUUUGUGCCUAGCCAGUUAGCUCACUAAGGUGUGUGUACCCAGCCUGCUAGCUUACUAAGGUGUGUGUGCCUAGCCCGUUAGCUCACUAAGGUGUGUGUGCCCAGCCUGCUAGCUCACUAAGGUGUGUGUGCCCAGCCUGCUAGCUCACUAUGGUGUGUGUGCCCAGCCUGCUAGCUCACUAAUGUUUGUGCCCAGCCUGCUAGCUUACUAAGGUGUGUGUGCCCAGCCUGCUAGCUCACUAAGGUGUGUGUGCCCAGCCUGCUAGCUUACUAAUGUUUGUGCCCAGUCUGCUAGCUUACUAAGGUGUGUGCCCAGCCUGCUAGUUUACUAAGGUGUGUGUACCUAGCCCGUUAGCUCACUAAGGUGUGUGUGCCCAGCCUGCUAGUUUACUAAGGUGUGUGUGCCUAGCCCGUUAGCUCACUAAGGUGUGUGUACCCAGCCUGCUAGCUCACUAAGGUGUGUGUGCCUAGCCUGCUAGCUCACUAAGGUGUGUGUGCCCAGCCGGCUAGCUCACUAAUGUUUGUGCCCAGCCUGCUAGCUUACUAAGGUGUGUGUGCCCAGCCUGCUAGCUCACUAAGGUGUGUGUGCCCAGCCUGCUAGCUCACUAAUGUUUGUGCCCAGCCUGCUAGCUCACUAAGGUGUGUGUGCCUAGCCUGCUAGCUUACUAAGGUGUGUGCCCAGCCUGCUAGCUCACAAAGGUUUGUGCCCAGCCUGCUAGCUCACUAAGGUGUGUGUGCCUAGCCUGCUAGCUCACUAAGGUGUGUGUGCUCAGCCUGCUAACUCACUAAUGUUUGUGCCCAGCCUGCUAGCUUACUAAGGUGUGUGUGCCCAGCCUGCUAGCUCACUAAGGUGUGUGUGCCCAGCCUGCUAGCUCACUAAGGUGUGUGUGCCCAGCCUGCUAGCUCACUAAGGUGUGUGUGCCCAGCCUGCUAGCUCACUAAGGUGUGUGUGCCCAGCCUGCUAGCUCACUAAGGUGUGUGUGCCCAGCCUGCUAGCUCACUAAUGUUUGUGCCCAGCCUGCUAGCUUACUAAGGUGUGUGUGCCCAGCCUGCUAGCUCACUAAGGUGUGUGUGCCCAGCCUGCUAGCUCACUAAGGUGUGU